AUGAUUAUCCUGACGAUAUGCGUCCUAGCCAUCGCCUUUGGCACUAUUUUCGCCAGAGCAAGUCCUCUGUCAAGACCCGCCAAACUCAACUGGUCAUCGACUAAGGCUCUAAUCGCCUUUGGUGACUCCUACACCUAUGUCCAGGGAACCAUCGGACACCAAAAUUUCAGUUUCAUUGGCGACCAAUUCAACCUCGCAUAUGAUGCCGAAGCCCUGCUUUCCAACAAGAUAGUCCAAAAUCAAACCGCAACCGCAGAAGGCGGUCCGAACUGGGUCGAAUAUCUCACAAACUGCGGCAUCCACCAAGGCCUCACCUCUCCACAAGACUGCAAAAAGCAACUCUGGGAUUUCGCCUUUGCAGGCGCCGAUAUAUCAACCGAGUACACACCACCACACCACAACUUCACAGUCUCCCUCCUAGACCAGAUAAACCAAUUCAAGCAAUAUGGCCACCCAGCCCUCCUAAACAGUCUACCAAGCUUCACCCAAGACAAAACCCUAGUCGCCAUCUGGAUCGGCAUCAACGACAUAAACGACAGCGCCAAGUACGUCGUGAACUUCCCAACCUUCUACAAAAGCCUCAUAGACACACUCUUCACAUCAGUGGAAAUCCUCUAUAACCUGGGCUACAGAAACUAUCUCUUCAUGAACCUGCCGCCGCUAGACCGCACGCCAGGGAACCAAGCAACGAAGGAUCCGAGUCCGAAUUCAGGUCGGGUGGUAUAA